AGCGUGCUCUCACUCCUCCUCCAGCCCCGGUUCACUGCUGCUCCUCAGCGGAACGCACGACGACCCACCGGCUCCUGACAGGCCUCUCGCCCCGGAUCUAAGCGGCUCGGUUCCCCUGUGCAGAUCGGCUUUUCGCUCCCUGAGGGAUGCCCAGAGAGCUGACCCAGAACAGGAUCCAAAAGAUCUGGGUUCCCACCAAAGAUGACAAGCCGGCCCCGCGGAGAGCAGCUGGCGCUCUCCACCUGGCCUACACCCCCACCGUCAUCGUGAUGGUGGGCCUGCCGGCUCGAGGCAAAACGUACAUGUCAAAGAAACUCACCCGCUACCUCAACUGGAUCGGCAUGCCUACCAAAGUCUUUAACGUCGGAGAGUACCGCAGGGAGGCGGUCAAGAACUACAGCUCCUAUGACUUCUUCAAGUCGGAUAAUGAGUGUGCCGUGAAAAUCAGGCAGCAGUGUGCCUUAGCAGCCUUGAGGGAUGUCAAGUCCUAUCUGAAGGACGAGGGAGGCCAUGUAGCGGUCUUCGAUGCCACAAACACAACAAGGGACAGACGAGACAUGAUCCUCAAGUUCGGCGAUGAGAAUGGCUUCAAGAUUUUUUUCAUCGAGUCUGUUUGCGAUGAUCCCAGCGUCAUCGCGUCCAACAUCAUGGAAGUGAAGGUGUCAUGUCCAGACUACCGGGACUGCAACAAGACCGACGCCAUGCUGGAUUUCCAGAGGAGAAUCGAGUGCUACAAAACCAGCUACCAACCCCUGGACCCCGAUCAGCACGACAGGGAUCUCUCCUUCAUCAAGGUGAUUGAUGUCGGCCGGCGGUUCCUCGUCAACCGGAUCCAAGAUCACAUCCAGAGCAAGAUCGUCUACUACCUGAUGAACAUCCACAUCCAGCCCCGCACCAUCUACCUGUGUCGGCAUGGAGAGAGCACCGACAACCUGGAGGGACGGCUCGGGGGGGACUCUGGCCUCUCGCCGCGGGGCAGACAGUUUUCCGCCGCCCUGAGCCGGUUUGUUGAGGAGCAGAAACUGGAGAAUCUGAAGGUGUGGACCAGCCAGCUGUGUUGCAGCAUCCAGACGGCCGAGCACCUUGGAGUCCAGUACGAACAGUGGAAGGCUCUUAAUGAGAUCGAUGCCGGAUUGUGUGAGGAGUUGACGUACGAUGAGGUGAAGGAGAAAUACCCAGAGGAGUUUGCUUUGAGAGAUGAAGAUAAAUACUACUACCGCUAUCCUGCCGGAGAGUCCUACCAGGACCUGGUCCAGCGGGUGGAGCCGGUCAUCAUGGAGCUGGAGAGGCAGGAGAACGUCCUGGUUAUUUGCCACCAGGCCGUCAUGCGCUGCCUGCUGGCCUACUUCCUGGAUAAGAGCGCAGAUGAGAUGCCCUACCUGAGAUGCCCCCUGCACACGGUGCUGAAGCUCACCCCGGUCGCCUACGGGUGCAAAGUGGAGUCCAUCUCUUUGAAUGUGGAGGCAGUGAACACCCAUAGAGACAGACCUGAGGAGGUGAGGAGGGGCCCCGGCACCCUGAUCAGGAGGAACAGCGUGACUCCCCUGACCAGCCCCGAGUCAAACAUUAAGAAACCUCGAAUCGAUGACCUGGACGAGGCUCCGAUCCAGGAGCUGCCUCCAUCGGCCGCCUCACUGGCUCUCUGCAGCCCCUCCCACCUCCCUCUCACCUUGGCCGGACAGCACUGGCUGGGUAAAGUCUGCCUACGAACCACCCUCCACUGUCUCAAAGUGGUUUCGCCCUUAGUCUUCCAAAGAACCUGAGGAGGAGCUCAUCCGGCCGCCAUGACAUCCUGCAGCCCUGCCAAUGAAAAAGCACCAAUGUGGAAAGCGGAUCAGUGGCGAAGAAGAGAAUAGCAGUGGAAAAAAUAAGGAAAAAGGAAAUUGGAUUUUCGAAAAAAGCAACAUUUCUCAAAUUGUCAAACAUCAAGGAUCAACUGGAUGAAUGUGUAAUUUUGUCUGUAUAAGACGAAAACCUUUAAUCGUUCCAAAAGGACGAUGGGUACCUGAUUGUUUCACCGUCGAGUGCCUGUAGUGCUUGUUCUGCAAGCCUGACGCCGCUUCUCUCGCUAUUUCCGUGGACUUGAUCGCUUGAGGAGAGGCGCCACAUUUCACCUAAUAACUCCACAUAUCGUUUCAAUAUCUUAUUUUUCACAGUUUGAAUAUUUAUUUUUCAUUACGAUGUAGUUUAAAACAGUACUUGUCGAUCAUUUGAUAAAGUUCCCUCCGCCGAUUGGGGGGAACCUUUUAUUUGGCUUGGUUUCCUGUUGCCGUCAUUGUCUGCAACGCACAAAUGUAAGCACUUCUAUUUUUGUUAUAACAAUGCGUGCUGUUAAUAAUAUACUUGUAAAUUUUAGUGUACAUACAGUGUAAGGAGAGAUGUGUGGGGGAUGUGUGCAUGUAAUCGUGUUUUUGAAUGUGUUGGGACUGAAUGCAAAGGAGGAGGCGUGUGGAGAAAGAAGCUGCGGCUCACGUCUCUCAGUAAAACUCUAAACCUGUUUUUGCUUGAGAUACUUGAAAUAUGUUUUUUGUAAAAACUGUUUUAUUAUACUAUUAAUUUAUUUUUACGUAGUUUUGAAUGACUGACUGAUUGAAGGACUACUACACAUGAGAGGACAGUAUGUUGUACAGUUGAUUUUGCUGGCCUUGCUGGACCAAUAAAUUCACUCCGGGAAAAUACA